AUGGACAGGGAAUCUAGAGCGCAGAUCUUUGAAUGGCAGGUCCUACCUUUCGGAACAACCUGCAGCCCCUGUUGUGCAGUGUACGCCUUACAGCAGCACGUCAGGGACUAUGAGCCACCAGACUCUCUGCUCAUGCAAGUGGUUGAGCACUCCUUCUAUGUGGAUAAUUGCCUCCACAGUCUGAGUAAGGUUGAAGAAGCCAAAGCUCUCAUUGACACUCUGCGUGAACUUCUUAGCGAGGGAGGUUUCGAGAUCCGACAGUUGGCUAGCAACAUGCCAGAAGUUGUGGCCCAUCUACCACCUGAUGCACGAUCAGCAACUAGUGAGCUGUGGUUAUCCAAAGCAAGUGAUAACCUCCACGAACCCACCCUUGGACUAUGCUGGGAUUGUUUGAAUGACACUCUGAGUUUCAAGCGUCACACAACAGAAUCAUCAGCUGCCACUCUUCGAAAUGUCUACAGUGUCCUGGCCAAGCUUUAUGACCCCCUAGGAUUCAUUGUACCAUUUACCACUCGUUGUAAGGUGCUCAUCCAAGAUAUGUGGAAGUCCAACCUCGGUUGGGACGACCAGAUCCAGCCUGCAGAUCUCCUUGACAAGUGGUCAACCUGGGAAAUGAUCCAAGAGCACCGCUGGAAUAAGGGCCCGCACUUCCUUUACCUGCCAGAAAAUGAGUGGCCCAAUUUGCCUACAUCUGACCUGGAACCGGAUGCCACAGAGCUGAGGAAAUCCGCCUUCGUUGGAACUAUUUCCUGUGCUUCAUCCACUCAGCUUACUGAUUUCAGUAAGUUCUCCACAUGGAAACAGCUUCUACAAGAGACAGCUAGCUCCCUUCAUGGGGCGGCUGAUGCUGGUGCUUCAUCCCCACCUUCCGCCGUGGAUUUUCUGCAAGAACGUAACAAGUGGAGGAACGAUGGCAAGACCCUUUUGGCUGGUCAAGUUGUCUUGAUAGUGGAUCCUCAACUCCCCCGAGGAUUGUGGCCUGUAGGACGGAUCACUCAGACACAUCCAGGAGCAGAUGGACGGGUCCGGACUGCCAGAAUACAAGUGAAGAAUCGCACCUACCUUCGCCCAGUCGCCCGACUGAUCAUGCUUCCACCUCUUGAUGACGAGGACACUACCUCAUAG